UACUGCAAUUAACACAACACAAUAGGCUCAGUUCAGUUCAGUUCCAUUUCGGGGCUGAGUUGAGUUAGAGAAGGAAGGACGACCGACCGCCAUGUCUGUCUGCGUUCUAACCCUUCUCCUCCGCCAUUCUUCAUUCACUCAAACCUCCCUCAAGGUAUUAUUAUGGUUUACUAUCUCCCCUCUCCUUUGCUUUGCUUUGAACUCGCUAUUGGGAUUAAUUAAUUAAUUGCUACCUGGGUGGGUUCACUUCUCACUCUGCGCUUCUACUUCGUCUCGCUGGGCUAGGGCACGUCGAUUCGUAUCUAUCUGAAUCUUUCUUUGUGGUUUAAUUUGGAUUACGCGUUUCCUUAAAUUUCGAAUUUCGUCUGGGCUAGGGCAAGCGAAUUGUCAAUUGUGUGUUUGUGUUCUCGUUUCGUUUUUGUUGUUUUUAAGUUAUUCGAAGCUCGAUCUAGAAGCUUCUGUUAUGGAAGACGAGGCGUGUUAUGAAGAGGGGAAUGGAGAGGAGGUAAUGGUGGAGAUUGUCGGGUCGGAUGUGUAUGUCGAUGGAGUCAGUAGUGGUCACAAAGAGGGCGAUUUUGGGGAUGAACAAAUUAGGGCAUUGGAGGCUUCGAAGCUUAAAGAAUCUGUUGAUUUUUGUGCUUCUGAAGUCGCUGCAAAUUCUAGGUGCGGAGCAGAUUUUCCGGAAAGUGUGGUUUCCGGCGAGUUAACCGGUGGCGGUGGGAAUGUUGUGAAUGGGGAAGAAAUUUCAGAGCAGUAUCAGAAGGCAGCUGAAAUUGCAGGUGAUGGUGUUGAGGCAGAUGCAGUAAUGGCGAAUUCGUUGAGCAAUGUUCAUUCUUUUGAUCCACUGGACGGCGACGAAGACAAUGUUCACGAAGAAAUCCGAAUUACGUACCAACGGAAGGAUCGUAGGGUUAAUCUUCCGGAAAAGUCGGUAAUCUUGCAUAGUGACAGCAAUGUGGUGGGAAUGAAUGGUUUUCAGAAGAUUUACGAGCUUGCGGAAAGGCGUAGCGUUGUUAUUUCGGCAAAAUUGUUUUCUGUCGACGAUAUGGUUUCGCAGCUUCAGGCGCUGGCGCGGAGUCCAAAUAACGGCCCUGAGUUUCACUACAAUGUCCGCAGUUUCUUCGAAGGUUUUAGGAGUUCAAUUGUGUCGACAGAAACAAAAUUAGAUGAUCUGAUAACCUGUGAAGAUUUUGAAUUUGAUUUUCACUCGUCGGAAGGGAUUGUGCAGAGCUACCCCUCCGAGCAAUUUCUGCAGGAUCAUAUGAAAGAAGCUGGAAAUCUUCGAAUUGGGGCUGCGACGGAUUUCUUAAAUAGCACUAUGCCGAUUCGUAAUUCUAGGAAAAGAUUUUCGGACGGUAGUUACCCUACAGAAGAGGUGGAAAUGGAUGAGACAGUUAAACGGAGUGAGAAUUGGGGGUCGUUGCCGGCGAAAUUAAUUUUGAGAUUUGCAGAGACAAAGAGCCUACCGACAGAAAUGAAACUUAACAAAAUGUUUAGACGAUUUGGGCCAUUAAUGGAGUCCAAGACAGAAGUUGAUCAUGGCUCGGGUCAUGCCAAAGUGGUCUUUAAGCGCGGAUCCGAUGCGGAAGUUGCUCUGAAUAGCUCCAAAAAUUUUAAUGUUUUUGGAUCAGUUCGCGUUGACUAUGAGAUAAACUAUUUGUCGAUGAUAUCAUUGAAAGUAUCGCCCCUUUCAGCGCCGCAAAACUCCAAAGACACAAAGCUUCAGCCGUAGCGUCGCAAUAUGAGUUAUCUUGAAGAAACACCUUAUUUAAUCGCAUCCUGACCCGAUUUUGGUGGAAACUUGGAUCGUAGACAAGACAAUGCAAGCUAAUUCGAUUUCUUUAGGAUUUGUUCGAGAUUCAAAUUGGGGCGUUACUUGACAUUCUUGUUGUGUUUUAAAGCUACUUUCCUGUGUUAUCUUAUUGACAUUUUUCAAACAUUGGUAAGAUCAUUUAGGGCUGUGAUAUCGAUUGUCGUAGAGUAAAUUAGCAUUGUUGGAUGAAUAGCAUAUACUACAUUGUAGAGCAGGGAGACAAUCUGUACUUGUUGAUGUUGAUGAUGUUCAUGGCCUUUUUCUUGUUGUUGUAA